AUGGCCAACUCAUACGUAGAUUAUGUUGGAAAAGUGGACGUGAUAACGGAUUCUGAGAAUAUAAAGUCGCUCCUGAAAUUACCAUACACGAACUCGCCUGUCAGUAUGAUCGUUCAUCGCAUCGGCAAGUCACUUCUUUUGGACUCCUUCGAUGUUUAUCGACAUGUGCUCUUAACGCAACAGGAAGACUGGAAGUGGAUUAGACAGUUCAUUUUGAAUGUUUCUGAAGCGUACAAGCAUACGUUUUCGCUUGCUAAAGCGCCUUCCACAAGGAAAGACAUCGAGGAAAAAUUGAUGUUAUCGAAGUUUUUAUAUUACAGCGUUCAGAAUGAAAAGCACGAAGACGGCUCUGACAAAGAAAACGUUUGUUUGAAUACAACUCGAACGGAUUCUGUACUAUCGUCCUCAUCGCCGGAUCCUCUAUACUCAGAAGAUGAGGCAGAAUUCACGAAUAACUACGAACGCAACAUUCUAUGGAAUUUCGAAGACAUGCGCAUGCUUGUUGGCACAGAUAUGCCGAUCUUUGGCGGAGGCACUCACCCAUGCGUGACUUUGCGUCUCAGAGACAUGAAGAAACCAAUUAAUGUUUUAACCGGUAUCGACUACUGGCUGGAUCAGUUGAUGAGCAAUGUACCUGAAGUGGUCAUGUGCUAUCACCUCAGUGGAAUUGUUCAAAAAUAUGAGGUGAUAAAAACCGAAGAUGUUCCGAAUCUGCCUGAUGGUCGUUUUAAUCCGGAGUUAGUCCGCGACGUUGCUCAAAACAUUCUAUCUUUCCUGAAACAAAACGCGACUAAGGAAGGCCAUACCUAUUGGCUGUUUAAAGGCAACGUGUGCGAAGAAUACAUCGAAGAUUCGAAUGCGAAUCCGUUUACGGUGCCAGUUGCAGUGCUCAUGUACAGAGUUGCCAAGAACUUGCUGGACAAGACCAAGUCUCGUCCGCGAAAAAUCGCAAAUACCGUCUAUCGCCUUCUACACCACUGCCUCGAUUUGUUGGACGUGAAGCUUUUGCCUCAGGUUGUUGGAUCAAUACAUUAUUUGCUGUCAAAUUUAUACCUGAUUUGUGGCGAUUCGGCCGCGAGCAGCGUCGACAAUAGCCCAACAGACAAAAGCGAUCCGUCUGCUGCAUCUUCUCCAGCGACGGACGUCUUUGACUUGGACGACGUCGAUUGCGAUAGUUCCUACUUUCCGGGCGCUACGUUACCAGGGGACCAAGUGUCUGAUCAUUGCUGUUGUGUAUCAAUGGAUCUUUUGACCAAGCCAUCGUUGCAUAAGAUUGACAAAGACGCCGAAGGUGGCGGUGAUCAGCCAGCCAGACGAAGGUUCAUACCGAAUGUGACGAAUUUGGAGGACUGUUGUAAAGCAGCGCUAGAACAUGUGCUUGAGGGCUUGGUGUGCUCUCAGAUGACGGCUGAUUGCAACGGUAGCGGGACGAAGUGGCCAAACAAGGAACCGCCGCAAGCGACCUCUGACCCGAAGAAAGCCAUUCCGUUACAGUACGAACCUUUGAGAAGCACAACCGACGACUCACGCAGGAUCUUGCCGCUGGUCGUUCGAAAUCCGUCGUUUACGUUCUGGCAAAUCGAGCUGAGCAGUUUGCUGAUGCUGAAAGCCGUCACCGCUUACUACUUGUUGGCUGACUGCAGCUCCAAGCUACGUUGCUACGGCAAGACGUUGCGCUACUUGAAACUGAGUCUUAGCUGUUUCGAAUGCGUGAACGGGAACGUCGACGAGCAGUGGAAGAACAGCAAAGUGUUGCAGCGGUGCCGCAUGUCAACGGCAUCACUACUGCCCAGCAUCCUUAUGCUCUGCGGGGACACCCAUCUGAUGCUCUCGCACCAAAUGCAGACAGCGAUGGCGAAGCAUCGCACUGAUUUCGAAUGCAAGGUUUAUCGUGAUGAACAAAUCGUGGCCGAAGCCGCGAAGCUUCUUCCGCAGAAAUCGCCUUCGCAAUAUGCGUGGUGCACCGAAAUUGUGGAAAGUAUCGAAGGGAUUCUUGAACGGAGCCUGCUGUGCUACCAAGCUUCCAGAAAAUGCAUAUCGGAUUGCGCUGAAGAACGUGGGCGUCCGGCUGCCACGAGCGAGAGUUCUGUUAAAAAUGCCUCCUCAGGCCUAUCCACCUACGUUGUCGAUCACGUAUUACUUUCCAAACGCUUAGGGAAUGCGAUGAACGAGUUCGCCGUUUAUUACAUGAAUCAGUCAGCAGUGCUGGCGGAAAGCUUGAGAAGGUCGAAGACAACUGAUUUGACAGCGGUCGAGAAGAUAUGGAAUGUCAGCUACAACAUGUUCCAACAAGGCAUUCGAAUGUUUCACGAAAUCGACGACAAAGACAACCAGGCGUUGCUCAAUUCGAACUGCGGCAAACUGUUUCGUUUGUCAGCCGAAACCUUCUGUGUGUCCAACCGUGAAUUCAGCGUUGUCGAAAGGCAUUACCUCGAUAUGGUGCGUCAUAUUUUCGUUGCGAUGAGUUUUAAGUCAACUAGAGUUUAUUUUGCGCUAGAUUGUUCUAUAAAAAUCACUCAUACAAAUCGUUAGAA